CAGGUACACCAAGAUGAAGACAGCCACCAACAUCUACAUCUUCAACCUGGCCUUGGCAGAUGCGCUGGCCACCAGCACGCUGCCCUUCCAGAGUGCCAAGUACCUGAUGGAGACCUGGCCUUUUGGGGAGCUGCUCUGCAAAGUUGUGCUCUCCAUUGACUACUACAACAUGUUCACCAGUAUCUUCACCCUCACCAUGAUGAGUGUGGACCGCUACGUGGCUGUGUGCCACCCGGUGAAGGCCCUGGACUUCCGCACACCAGCCAAGGCCAAGAUCAUCAAUGUCUGCAUCUGGGUGCUCUCCUCCCUCAUUGGGGUGCCCAUCAUGGCCAUGGCAGUCACCAAGUCAAAAGACGGGACGGUGCUGUGCACGCUCCAGUUUCCCGAUCCUCCCAUCUACUGGGACACCGUGACCAAGAUCUGUGUCUUCAUCUUCGCCUUCAUGGUCCCCAUCUUGGUCAUCACCAUCUGCUACGGGCUGAUGAUCCUUCGCCUGAAGAGUGUCCGCCUCCUCUCAGGCUCCAAGGAGAAAGACCGCAACCUGCGGCGCAUCACGCGCAUGGUGCUGGUGGUGGUGGCAGCCUUCAUCAUCUGUUGGACGCCCAUCCACAUCUUCGUCAUCGUCUGGACGCUGGUAGACAUAGAUAAGAAGAACCCCUACGUGGUGGCCAGCCUGCAUUUCUGCAUCGCCCUGGGUUAUACCAACAGCAGCCUCAACCCCGUCCUUUACGCUUUCCUGGAUGAAAACUUCAAGAGGUGUUUCCGAGAGUUUUGCCUGCCUUUCCAAGCCCGCGUGGACCAGAACAGCUUCUCCCGUGCCAGGAACACCAUGCGGGAGCGCGUCUCCACCUGCCCCCCUUCUGAAGCCCGCAACAAACCGGCAUGACUAGACGCGGGCAGCCUCCAGCGAGGCUGCC